UUGGACUGGUUUGGUGUUGGAUUCAUAUAAAUGCAGCAUUAAACGGUUUUACAACCGGAAAUACAAUAGAUGGGAAUACUACCGAGUAUGGUCCUACGGAAGGUGGGGCAAAUGGGAUGGAGCGACUGAGCCAAAUAACUGCCCCGAUGACAGCUGUGUUGUUGUCACGUGUGAUGGAAUGAAAACAAAGAACUGCGGGGACACAUAUAGAGCCCUAUGUAGAAAAGAUGUUGGAACUACAACGCACAGAACAUUUCCAGCUGUGAUGACGUCGAACACCGUCACUACAAUAUACAAUACAGCUUCUGUUGGAAUAGAAUCUGACGCCCCGACAACCAGUCGAGGAACAACUGCCAAUAUCGGGUCGACAGAUCACGCCACUCCAACUUCUCCGUUUAAUAGUACAACUGUUUUAAGAAACAAUUGUUUCGUCAGGAGAAACAAGAUCAAACAUCUCAGUCUGGAGGAGUUGAAUUACGCCGUUCUGGAAUUAAAAACACUGCUCGCUGUAAAUAAAACCAAGUUAUCUUCUUAUCGAUGUAAACAUAUUAGUGUUUACGACCCCCGCCUCAGUAGUGUUGCCAUGGGAGGCGUGGCUAUAGCCAUUCUUACAGCGAUCAUCGGUAUGAUCUUAAUCCCGGAUAUGGUUGAUCUGGCAAGGUUCUUUUACAAAUGACAAGCACUUUUAACGGAUUGGUGGAAAUACGCAGUUUAUUAGUUCCAUAUUUCUCAGUUAUCUGGUUCCAUUUCCAACACAAGCGCUGGCAAAACAAGAAAUACCAAAUCCAAAAAGGGACAGAAUGUACAAUACCAGCAAGGAAGCAAUUAUUAAAAGAAAGGGCACUGAAAUGAAAAUUGAGCAUAUAGAAUGCAUUUCAUCUUGGUUGACCGCCGUUUAUAUUUUACAUUACUUUGCUAAAGCAUCAAAAGGUCCAAGAAAACAUAUCCUACCUUUUAUGCUGGCUCCGGUGCCUAACACACUUCUCUAAUUCUAGGCCUCGUAAGUAGUGUUAGGGAUACGAUAUAGGUGCUUAGCUUUUCUAGGACUAGUCAGUGAUAUUAUAGACAUUAUUCAGCUAUUUAGACCUUCUGGGACUUGUCAGUGAUGUUAGUGGUAUCAUACAGCUAUUUAGUCCUUCUGAAACUUGUCAGUGAUGUUAAUGGUAUCAUACAGCUGUUUUGUCCUUUGAGGACUCGUAAUCUAUGCUUGGGACACCAAACAGCUUGUCCGUCCUUUCAAGGAUUCUUCAGUGAUGUAAGGGACAAUAUACAGCUGUUUAAUCCUUCUAGGACUCGUCAGUGAUGUAAUGGACAUCAUAGAGCUGCUUUUAAGUCCUUCUAGAUUUAAGUCAUGAAAUCAUCAAAUUGAAUUCAAUUGAUAGAAUGCUGUCAAAAUGGGAAACAAAGAGAAAAAAGACGGGAGCAGCGUUUCAUGCUUUGUUGAUGUCACCUUCAAUAUUACGUGUAAAAUUACCUUUUUGAUGCAAAGACAUUUCCUUAAACGAAAUUGUUUCUUUGUUUUGAAAGUGAAAAUACUUUCCCGUUCUCGAGAGACGUAGGAUGAUGAAGACCAUUGGGAGUUGUGUGAUCCACACCGCCAGCUCUAUGUAAAUUGUUCGAAUCCCUCGUGCGAAAUGUUGUUCGGCCUUUGUUCGUGUAUAUGGUUAUAUUGUCAAUACCCUAAAUUGUGACUAAAAAAUUAAAUAUCUAGAUUCAAAAUCUAAAUCAAUUUUUUUUUUCAGAUUUGUUGACAAUUUGUAUUCAAAGAUAUUAACACCUGUAAUCUUAUAAUAAACUCAAAUAUUGUUUUGCUCCAAACCUGUUUGAUAAUCAACCUGCCUAAAUUAUUAACCAACGUCGAUAAAGAACUCACACAACUAAAUAAUUUACUAUAUUUUAUUACUAGUGACUCCUUCCCUUUAUUCGCUUGU